AUGGCGACAAAGGCAGCUUUCAAGCGGCUCACUCGCGAGUACCAAAACAUUCAAAAGAAUCCACCCCCUUUUAUUAUUGCCCAUCCAUCUGAGACAAAUAUUCUAGAGUGGCACUAUGUCUUGACCGGACCCCCUGGCACCCCAUACGAGAAUGGACAAUACUGGGGUACCCUGAUGUUCCCUCCCGAGUACCCGUUUGCGCCUCCUGCCAUUCGAAUGCACACUCCGAGUGGGCGUUUCCAACCGUCGACGCGACUGUGCUUGAGCAUUAGCGACUUCCACCCAAAGUCCUUUAACCCCGCAUGGGAGGUCUCGACAAUCCUGAUCGGAUUACUAUCAUUCAUGACCAGUGAAGAGAUGACCACGGGCAGUGUCAGCGCCUCCGAGAGCGAGCGCCGAGUGCUCGCCGCGCGAUCUCGAUGGUGGAACUCGACCGGUGGCGGCUCGCAUUCCAGCGCCACCCCCGGUGUGACGAAGACGACCAAGGGAAUCAAUAAUGUCAAGGCGGGAGAUGGUGGCCUGAAGUUCCGCACCGAAUGGCCAGAGUUAGACCAGGAGAACUGGGCCUGGAUGAAGGAGCAUCGCAUCGAUACCAGCACCGGCCAGAUCCUCCCGGACCCCAACGCACCUACCAAGUGCUCUCCAGAGACCAGUGCCCUCCGUCGCCGACCUAAUGGCAGUGCCCCCGGGAUCGGGGCCGUGAUGGAAGGGGGACAUGUGGCUCGGGAAGCCGGACAGAGUUGGGCUCGACGAAACCGACUGUGGAUCGGAUUGGCCGUACUGUUCGGUUAUGCGCUGCUGUCUCGACUGGUCAGUGACGUACAAGGAUGA